AUGUAUCGUAAAAUAUUAGUUGUAAUUUGUUUAUUAGUAAAAUUUCACGAUCUCAAUGCAUCGUCUUCCGAUAAAUUCAAUGAAGAAUUAUUUGUGAAAGCCUUACAUUCCGGCCAUGUGUAUACGUAUUUCCAAUUUACAACCGAGUGGUUACUACAAAGCAACGAGAGCUUUUAUCACACGCAUUUAGUAGCUCGACCAUUGGCUGAGAUUAUUGCAAAAUAUGACUUGAUGGAAUUGCACGUGAGUUUGUCCAAUGGACUAUGGCGAUAUGAACAUUGGGGAUAUCCAGUUGUCGAUGCACCGCCUGGAGCUGAAGUGACUGUGUGGUUUAAUGCCGAAAAUCGUACCGAUGAGUACAUCGAUGCGCAAUGGAAAGAGUUGUGUGGUAUUUUGUCUGGACUAUUCUGUGCAUCGUUCAGUUUCAUUGACAAAUCGAAUACUGUUGAGCCCGAGUACACAUUUCGGCCGACAUUUUCACCGGGCACCGGCAAAGCAAAUCUGAAUAGUGUCGACACAAAUAAAUACCGCAUUCGAUAUGCAACACUGCCGCGUGAAAUUGUGUGCACGGAGAAUUUGACACCGUGGAAGAAAUUAUUGCCCGGCAAUAAACACGAGGGAAUAAGAUCGCUUCUGAACUCAGGCUACAUUCAUACGACUAAUUAUCAUUCGCUAGGUUUGCAUGUGCGUCGUUUGGCUCGAUCGCCGGCUAAAUCUGCACCAGAACCAGGCCAAUUAUUGGAAGUGUUGGAGAUCAAACAAACAGUCAAUUUGGUAUUUGACACAAGAAUCGUAUCAAAUUCGAGAGACUGGUCAAUUCGAAAGCUCUUCGGCCAAGGAAUGGAUGGUGCUCAUGGAUUGGCUGAAAGUAGUAAAAUCUAUGUUGAUAUCACCGAUGCCAGUUUUAAGCUAACGCCCGAACCUACGGAGAUCAUUUCAUCGCAAAGAGGCGGAGCAACAACAACAUUUGCUGUUUAUGAUGCCAAAAACAAGUUCAAUCGGCAAUUAUUUUCGAUUGCUGGCAUUUACCCAACUGAAGAUGAAACAAACAACGUUCCAACUGUUAGCAUAUCAGCUCCACCGCCACUCUAUGCCCAUCGAUUCCUUUUGGGUGUCGGUCAAGAGCGUGGAAAAAUUCUUACCAAAAUCACAAACACGCAUUGGGCCACAUUGAAUGUUGUGCUGCAGGAGAAUUUACCUUGGUUUGUACCGGUCUAUUUGCACACGCUGACAAUCACAGUGAAUGGAGUUGAUAAGAAAAUCGAAGCCAAUGCCAUCAAAUACAAGCCAGGCAAACUGCGAGAACAACCAUCCCAGCUGGAAAUUGCAUUUAAAAUCCCGAGCCGAAGCACAGUCGAUGUUGCCAUUGACUUUGAUUAUGUUUUUCUGAAGUGGCUUGAAUAUCCACCCGAUGCAAACCAUGGUCAUUACAUCGGAUCAGCCAUUUUGGUGGCUCAGUUGCCUGUUGCUAGGAACUACACAGCCAUUCCAAUUGAUGGCCAUUUGUUUGCGGACAGUUUCAAUGCCAGCCGAUCGCAGGGAUACUUGGUGACAAUUCGUACUGAGUCGCUUUUGAUUACAUUGCCAACUCCCGAUUUUUCGAUGCCAUACAAUGUCAUUUGCUUAGCAUGCACCGUAGUUGCCUUGGCAUUCGGACCCAUUCAUAACUUUUCGACCAAGAAACUUACCUACAGCAAAAAAUCCAAAACUGGAGAAGAAAGCGAUGCACCAAAGUCUUUAUUAGCCAAAGUCAAAGCACUCUUGUCAUUCAAAAAGUGAAAAUUCGCACAUAAAGUUGAUUUUUAAUCCCGUUUUGUUGUUUUGAAGCAGAGAAAAAGUGUAGAAUUUUUUUAAAUGAAAAUAAAGAAAAGUAUUGAAAUUUUAUUUUAAAAAAA